CCUCGGCACGCGACGGCCCAUGCAUCUCGCCGGCAAUGCCUCAACCCGACGCCUCGAUGUGCGGCGGCUUGCGCAUCUCACCAUCAAUAGCCUACGCGUCUUGCCCACUUCACACUUAUACCCCUUUUUUCUCACCUACGCACUCACCCGUAGCUAGCUCCCAUCACGCACAUGCCCUCUAG